GUUGGCAUUUGGGUGCUUUGAAAUUUGUAGUUCAUUAUUUUAGUUAAUGCCAUUUACAAAUUGUAUGAAUGACAACAUAACGGAUAUUGUUUGUGUAAAUGUCAGGUCAUUGAUUGCUUUGCUCAAAUCAUGAAUUUUCGAGAGAAGAAGCGCAACGGCAUUGGAAGUAAGAGAACUUGGUUUAUGCCCACCGGAAUUUCGGUAUGAAAUUUGAUAUUUAAAAGUGGACAUGAAUCUUUUGUAUUUGUGCUGUAAACUCUGUUAAAUCUAUGUUUUUAUUUAAAAUGUAAUCUAUUAUGUGUGCUUAUUGUGCAGAGCAAGUUACUUGGAAGAACGAUGACUGUGGAGAGGAUGGCGAAGGAGCAAGAGUGGUCCACUCUUUAUUACGAUGCAGAUUUGAGUUUAUGUCACACUGUAAUUUGCAUUUUCUUGAAACUUUUGUGUUGAAUCAAAUGUGUGUAGUUCAAUUUUCCAAUGACGUUGUUUGUUUUACUUUGUCGCAGAUGGUGGUACCCCUACUGGAUACCGAUAGUGCUCCGCACUGGUUUGCGGCGAAUGUGAGCAUGGUUAAUACAACAGUGGAAAUUAGGGACUCGUUGUCUUCUGCAAUGCAUAAGAGGUCACGUCGGAGCACCUGCGUAGAGAUGCUCCAGACUUUGGACCAAUUGUUUGCCCCUGUCAAGCCAGGAGACCUGAAUUUCAGCGAGUUUGUAAUUAUUUCUUCAAGCAAGGACUACCCACAAUAACAAAAUGGCCAUGAUUGUGGAAUGUUUGUAAUGAAGUACAUGGAAUCACUGUUCGAGGAAAAUGAAAUAUUGGAAGAGGUAAUGUAAUGUUGAUUUCUUUAGUUUAAGUUUUCAUCCAGUUAACUAACUGUUUAUAUUGUGAAAAUUGAGUUGUCAAUCUAUUUUUUGAUGGAUUUGUUUCUAUGGAUUUGGUUGUCAUGUGUAUUACUGAAUUGGUUUCCUAAUGUACAAUGCAGUUUGAUCCUAUUGAAGCCAGACUGGAUUGUGUUGGGAAAAUUGUCACCCACGAGAGUAACAAGGCUAAACAUGCUGUGAUGGAGGGAGUUAAGAAGCAAUUUGGAUUGAGCAAAACCAAAGUUCUUCCAUCAACAUCUACAACUA